AUUUUUUUCUACCGGAGUGUUAUAUUUUUUGCAUAUAAUCUCAGUUAAUCUAUUUAAUUUAUUUGUAAUUUUCUUAACUUUUUUUCGUAAAAAAAAACACAAUAAAAUGGCAGCCGCCGAUAAAACCUGCAACAUGUGCGAUAAAUUGGGUUUGAAACCCUUCACCAAAGAAAACAUUUACUAUUACUACAUUCCCCUACAGGGUUUGGUCAGUUAUGGAGCAUUAUCGGUUAAUGUUAUGAAUCCCGCUUUGAUCUCCAAGAUCCUAACACCUAAAAAGGAUUUAACUAAUGUUUUGCUUUUGGGCUCAAUUGUGGGUGGUGCCUUCUAUGUUUAUGGACGUCCUGCUUUGGCCGAUGUGCCCAAUAGCAAACGCGGUUUGUAUGCUACCUUGGGUGGUGGUCUAUGGGCCAUGGGCUCUGUAUUAGGCUGGGCCAUUAUUAAAUCUGUACUGCCUAGAGAUAAUGCUGCUGUGGCUACUAUUGCUGGUUUGGCUACUGGUGCUGCCAUCGUUAAGGUGACCACAGAUUACUUUGCCGAUACCGAUAAAUUGGCGAAAAAGAACUAAAAUUGUAUGGAGUUCGUUCAAAGCUAUCAUUACCUUGAAACCUGUGUGCUAGAAGUAGAAGUAGCUGUGUCUUAAAAAAACACCACUUUGCAUUAUAAAAAUAAAAAAGAAAAAAUUUCCAAACAUGUUCUGCUAAAUAAUUGCAUCAUUAUCUACAUCAGUUGCUGUGUCAUAAAUACAAGUGCAUGUUUAAAAUUAAAUAUUAUUGAAAAAAAUAAUGUAAAGCAGUUAUGUUUCUUUAAAGUUUUGUGUGUAUAUAAUUUUUUAAUUUUUCAUUUAUUUCUCCUUAAUAAUAAAAGUUUCCUAAAGGAUAAAUCUAA